GUUUUGCCCCGCCCCGGGUGACGUCAGGACCGAGUUGCCAUGGCGCUGCUGAACAGUCUGGCUUCCUCGCUGGAGUCUUACAGGGGCCGGGACCGCCUGAUUCGGACACUGGGGUAUUGCUGCCAGCUCGUCGGUGGUGUCCUAGUGGAACAAUGUCCCAGCAGGUCUGAAAUGGGAAGGCGAUUGCUGGUGGUAUCAGCCCAGCUCAGCCACUGCAGGACUGUCUUGCGACUCUUUGAUGAUCCGGCCAUGUUUGUCUACACUAAGCAGUAUGGCCUGGGGACAGAGGAGGAGGACAUCUUCAUCCGAUUGUUGUCUGUCCUGAGUAACAUGGCUGAUCAGCUGUACUAUCCAUGUGAGCAUGUCGCUUGGGCUGCUGAUGCCAAGGUCCUCCAGGUGGACGCUGCUCGGUGGUGGACACUGAGCACUGCCCUCUGGAUUCUCUCUCUACUCCUUGGAGUUGUCAGGUCCCUGUGGACGGCACUGAAGCUAAGACAGAUGCUGCGGAGCCCCACAGGCGCCUUCACCAGCCAGCUGCCCAGAAGCAAGCGGAGGGCUAUGGAGGCAAGGAUGUGGUCAGAGGUCUUAACUCUACUCAGCAACCUGGCUGACCUGGCAAACGCUGUGCACUGGCUGCCCCGAGGUGUCCUGUGGGCUGGCCACUUCCCUCCUUGGCUGGUGGGCCUCAUGGGUACCAUCUCCUCCCUCCUCAGCAUGUAUCAGGCUGCCAGGGCUGGCGGCACGGCUGAGGCAGACAGCUCUUGAUGAGGCCCUGGAGUGGCAGGUAGAAGAUACUGUGGGUUAUCAACAAAAGGCUCAGAUUCCCAGAGUGGGAGCCACUGGCCAAAGAUACAUCCAUAACUGUGCACUCCAGUAGCUGUCCCCUGGGUGGGGUGGGAAAAGGGCUGAUAGGAGAUCUCAGGUCCCAGCUAGGGUUUCAGGGGAAGCUGCCCCUUUGGGAAGUAGGGGGCAUAUGAGGAGGACCCCAGGACUCCCAGAGCCAAGGCCAGGCUUGCCAAGUCCCAGGAGGACUCUGCUAGAACCUCCCAUUUGAUGGCAUGCCUGAAGGUGAGUGGGAGAGACUUGCCGUGCCUCUAGUGUUGGGCUUUGGGGAAG